AGAGGCUAGAGGAGUUAGUGAAUCGGCUGUCACUCUCUCCCACGCCACCGUGAGAGCCACAGGACACAUGGUGUCCUCCAACACACCUACACACAGAGCUGAGAGAGAGUGUGUGUGAGAGAGCGGGGAGAGAAAGGUAGAGAGAUUCUGUGAAGAGAAAAAAAGAAAAAAAAAAGAAAAAAAAACCAAAACAACAACAACGGAAGGAUUUUGUGAUUUCUCUUGAGGAGCUGCUGCUAACGCUGGGAGUAGGAUGGCUGAAGGAGAGGGAGGGGACGAGGAGAUCCAGUUCCUGCGAACGGAUGACACGGUGGUGCUCCAGUGUACAGCGACCGUCCUGAAGGAGCAGAUCAAGCUGUGCCUGUCUUGUGAAGGCUUCGGGAACCGAUUGUGCUUCCUUGAAACAACAUCUAAUGCCCAGAAUGUGCCCCCUGACUUGGCUAUCUGCGCCUUCAUCCUGGAGCAGUCGCUCUCGGUGCGGGCGCUACAAGAGAUGCUGGCCAACACCAUGGAGAUGGAGGCAGUCGAUUUGGACCAGUGGUCCUCUCAGGGAGGAGGCCAUCGAACGCUGCUGUAUGGCCACGCCAUCUUGCUGAGACACAGCCACUCGGGCAUGUACCUCAGUUGCUUGACCACAUCACGUUCGCUCACGGACAAGCUGGCCUUCGAUGUGGGCUUGCAGGAGGACUCUACAGGCGAAGCGUGCUGGUGGACCAUCCAUCCUGCAUCCAAGCAGAGGUCAGAAGGUGAGAAGGUCAGAGUCGGAGAUGACCUGAUCCUGGUUAGCGUGUCUUCUGAGAGAUACCUGCAUCUGUCCUAUGCCAGCGGGGACCUGAUGGUCGACGCGUCGUUCAUGCAAACUCUGUGGAACAUGAAUCCAGUGUGCUCAGGCUGUGAGCUAGCAGAAGGUUUUUUAACCGGAGGCCAUGUUCUGCGCUUGUUCCACGGUCACAUGGACGAGUGUCUGGCCAUUCCACCACCAGACCAAGGAGAAGAUCAGCGCAAGAUCGCCCAGUAUGAGUCAGGAGCCGUCUGUAGUCAAGCACGUUCUUUGUGGAGACUUGAACCUUUGAGAAUAAGCUGGAGCGGCAGUCACAUGAAGUGGGGUCAGCCGUUCCGCAUUCGCCACAUCACCACCGGACGCUAUCUGUGCCUAGAUGAAGAGAAGGGUCUGAUGGUCCUCGACCCCGAGAAGGCCAACACCAAGCAGUCAGCUUUCUGCUUCCGUGCCUCCAAGGAGAAGGUGGAGGUGGUGAAGAAGCGUGAUGUUGAGGGCAUGGGGAUUCCAGAGAUCAAGUAUGGCGAGUCUAUGUGCUUUGUUCAGCACGUCUCAACAGGACUGUGGCUCACCUACGCUGCCCUCGACGCCAAAGCGGCUCGUCUGGGUACGAUGAAAAGAAAGGUUACUCUGCAUCAGGAAGGCCACAUGGAUGAUGCCCUCGUCAUGUCCAGGUCUCAGACAGAGGAGUCUCAGGCAGCUCGAAUGAUCUACAGCACCACAGGCCUGUUUAAACAGUUCAUCAAGGGGCUGGACUCUCUGAGUGGGAAGAACAGGGCUGCAGGUCCGGUUUCUCUGCCUCUGGAUGCAGUGAUUCUCUCCCUUCAGGAUCUUAUCCACUACUUCCGGCCCCCUGAGGAAGAGCUGGAGCACGAGGAGAAGCAGACGAAGCUGCGAUCACUGCGCAACCGACAGAACCUCUUCCAAGAAGAGGGAAUGAUCACCAUCGUGCUGGAGUGUGUGGACCGGCUUAAUGUGUACAACACCGCUGCUCACUUCUCGGAGUUCGCUGGGGAAGAAGCAGCCGAGUCCUGGAAGGAAAUAGUCAACCUUCUCUAUGAACUGCUGGCCUCGCUCAUCAGAGGGAACCGUGCUAACUGUGCUCUGUUCUGCGAUAAUCUGGACUGGCUGGUCACUAAACUGGACCGUCUGGAAGCCUCGUCAGGCAUUCUGGAGGUGUUGUACUGCAUUUUAAUUGAAAGCCCUGAAGUUCUGAACAUCAUCCAGGAGAACCACAUCAAGUCUAUUAUCUCUCUUCUGGACAAGCACGGACGCAAUCACAAGGUAUUGGACGUGCUGCGCUCUCUGUGUGUGUGCAACGGCGUGGCUGUGAGGUCCAACCAGAACCUCAUCACAGAAAAUCUGCUUCCACGUCGUGACCUUCUGCUCCAGACCAACAUCGUGAAUUAUUGUACAAGUGUUAGACCCAAUAUCUUCCUGGGAACAUGUGAGGGCUCAACACAGUAUAAGAAGUGGUACUACGAGAUGAUUGUGGACUACGUGGAGCCGUUUGUGACGGCUCAGGCUAGUCAUUUGCGUGUUGGCUGGGCGCUAACAGAAGGAUACAGUCCCUACCCUGGAGGAGGUGAAGGCUGGGGAGGCAACGGAGUUGGCGAUGAUCUCUAUUCCUACGGAUAUGAUGGACUUCACCUGUGGUCAGGUCAUGUGGCUCGUCAGGUGGCGUCACCCAAUCAGCACGCCCUGGCAGCUGAUGAUGUCGUAAGCUGCUGUCUGGAUCUGAGCGUGCCCAGUAUCUCUUUCCGUAUCAAUGGGCAUCCUGUUCAGGGCAUGUUUGAGAACUUUAACUUGGAUGGACUUUUCUUUCCUGUUAUUAGCUUCUCCGCUGGGGUCAAAGCUCGUUUUCUUUUGGGUGGCCGUCACGGCGAGUUUAAGUUCCUUCCUCCACCUGGUUAUGCUCCGUGCUACGAGGCUCUCCUGCCCAGAGAGAGGAUGCGAAUCGAGCCCGUUAAAGAGUACAUGCAUGACGUUAAUGGAUUCCGAAACCUCCUGGGUCCUACGCAGUCCCUCACACACACCUCAUUCACACCUUGUCCUGUGGACACUGCUCAGAUCGUCUUGCCCCCUCACUUGGAGCGCAUCAGAGAAAAACUGGCUGAAAAUAUCCAUGAGCUGUGGGCUGUCACUCGCAUCGAGCAAGGAUGGACAUAUGGUCCAUUCCGUGAUGAUAAUAAAAAGCUGCACCCAUGCCUGGUGGACUUCCAGAGCCUUCCAGAACCUGAGAGGAACUAUAACUUGCAGAUGUCUGGAGAAACCUUAAAGACACUCCUGGCUCUGGGCUGCCAUGUGGGUAUGGGAGAUGAGAAAGCAGAAGAAAAUCUGAAGAAGAUCAAGCUGCCCAAAACGUAUGUGAUGAGCAGCGGGUACAAGCCAGCACCUCUGGAUCUCAGCCACGUGAAACUGACUCCCAACCAGAACCAGCUGGUAGAGAAGCUGGCAGAAAACGGGCACAAUGUGUGGGCACGAGAUCGUGUGAGGCAGGGCUGGACCUACAGCAUUGUGCAGGACAUUUUGAAUAAACGUAAUCCUCGCCUGGUACCAUACGUCUUGCUGGAUGAGAAAACCAAGAAAACUAACAGAGACAGUGUCAACAAUGCUGUACGCACACUGAUCGGCUACGGAUACAACAUCGAGCCGCCAGACCAGGAGAGUAGCGGCCACUCAUUGGAAAGCAGGCGAGGGGAUAAGGUGCGAAUCUUCAGGGCGGAGAAACAGUACGCCGUGACCUCAGGGAAAUGGUACUUUGAGUUUGAGGCAGUGACGACGGGAGAGAUGAGGGUGGGCUGGGCUCGACCGAACGUACGUGCAGGCACCGAACUCGGAGCUGAUGAACUGGCUUACGUCUUCAACGGAAACAGGGCUCAGCGCUGGCACAUCGGAAACGAGCCGUUCGGUCGGCAGUGGCAGUCAGGAGACGUGGUGGGCUGCAUGAUUGACCUGGUAGAGAUGAACAUCAUGUUUACUCUGAAUGGAGAGAUGCUGAUCAGUGACUCUGGAUCUGAGAUGGCCUUCAAGGACAUUGAGAUUGGAGAGGGUUUCAUCCCUGUGUGUGCACUGGGCCUCUCUCAGAUGGGCCGCAUUAACCUGGGCCAGAACGUAAGCAGUCUGCGCUAUUUUGCCAUUUGUGGACUGCAGGAAGGAUUUGAACCGUUUGCCAUCAACAUGAAGAGAGACAUCACCAUGUGGUUCAGCAAGAGUCUGCCCCAGUUCAUCCCAGUGCCUACUAACCACAAUCACAUUGAGGUGUCUCGUGUGGAUGGCACAGUGGACAGCGCCCCCUGUCUGAAACUCACCCACAAGACCUUUGGGUCCCAGAAUGCCAACACAGACAUGCUGUUCCUGAGAUUAACCUUACCUAUUGAGUUCCACGAGACGUUUAAAGUCCAGGCCGGUACCACGCCCCUGACUCGAGCCCUAACCAUCCCGGAGGACGAGGUGCUGGAGGUGGAUCCUGACUCUGAAUACGAAGUGCUCAAGAAGUCAGCCAGCAAGAAGGAGCAGGAGGAGAAGGAGAAGGAGCAGUCCAUGCCUAGAGACAUACCCAGUAUCAAGGAGAACGACAAGGACACUGCUUCAGAAAAAGGCAAAAAGAAAGGUUUCCUGUUUAAAGCUAAGAAGGCGGCCCUGAUCACUCCUCCUCCCCCUCCCCCUGUUGUGCCACGUUUGGUAGAGGACGUAGUCCCAGAUGAUCGUGAUGACCCUGAGAUCAUUCUCAAUACCACUACGUAUUAUUACUCAGUACGGAUCUUUGCCGGUCAGGAGCCCGGUGGAGUUUGGGUAGGCUGGGUCACCCCUGAUUACCACCAAUUUGAUCCUAGCUUUGACCUCUUCAAAGUUCGCACUGUCACAGUGACUGUAGGUGAUGACAAGGGCAACAUUCAUGACAGCAUCAAGAGGAGCAACUGCUACAUGGUGUGGGGAGGCGACUUAAUCAGCGGUUCUCAGCAGCGCUUCAGCCAGGAGGAUCUGGUGGUUGGCUGUUUGGUUGACUUGGCCACCGGUCUUAUGACUUUCAUGGCCAAUGGGAAGGAAAUCAACACUUUUUACCAGGUGGAGCCCAACACCAAGCUUUUCCCUGCCGUGUUUGUUCAGCCCUUCAGCCAGAACAUGCUGCAGUUUGAGCUGGGAAAGCUGAAGAACAUUAUGCCUCUCUCAGCGGCCAUGUUUCGCAGCGAAAGGAAAAACCCCGUGCCUCAGUGUCCUCCUCGUCUGGAUGUUGAGAUGCUCACGCCGGUUAUAUGGAGUCGAGUCCCAACCCACUUCUUGAGGCCUGAAGUGGGUAAAGUGAGCGAGAGACAUGGCUGGAUGGUCGAAUGCACGGAACCACUCACCAUGAUGGCACUGCACAUCCCUGAGGAGAACAGAUGUAUUGACAUCCUGGAGUUGUCAGAGCACCAGGACCUGCUGAAGUUCCACUACCACACUCUGAUGCUGUAUUGCGCUGUGUGUGCUCUGGGCAACAACCGAGUGGCCCACGCUCUCUGUAGCCACGUGGAUGAGUCGCAGCUUUUCUACGCCAUCGAAAACACAUACCUGCCCGGGCCGCUGCGAAUCGGCUACUACGACCUGCUCAUCAGCAUCCAUCUAGAAUCAGCCAAGCGCAACCGUCUGGGCACUAACCGCGAGUUUAUCGUGCCCAUGACAGAGGAGACCCUCAGUAUCACUCUGUAUCCAGAUGCUGAAAAUGCCCAUGAUCUGCCAGGUGUGGGUCUGACCACCUGCCUCAGGCCCAAACUUCACUUCUCACCUAUUAACUUUGUAGGCACUGAUCCAGACCUGUACACUCUGAGCCCGAUCUUCCCUCUGCAGGAACUAAAAACCAAGUCUUUAAGCAUGCUAACUGAGGCUGUAAUGGACGGCAGUCAGGCCAUGCGUGAUCCAGUAGGAGGCAGUGUCGAGUUCCACUUUGUGCCCAUCCUCAAACUCAUCAGCACUCUCCUCAUCAUGGGUAUCUUCAACGAUGAAGACGUCAAGCACAUCCUGAAGAUGAUCGACCCCAACGUUUUCAGCUCGGCCGAAAAGAAAGCUUCAGAAGAGGAAGGAGAAGGGGAAGAGGAGGAAGCUGCGCCUAAAGAGAAAGGAGAGGAAACUGAAGAGAAGGAGGAGGCCACAGAGGGAGAGGCGGAGCUGCUGGACGAAGGAGUAGGGGAAGAGGAAGAGGAUGAGGAGCUUAAAGCACUUAAGAAGGAGGAAGGGGAAGAGGGAGAGGAGUCGGAGAAGGCAGAGGAGGAGCAGAAGGAUGGACAAAAAGUGGAUGGAGAAAAAGCAGAGGAGGAGAAGGAAGCUGAGGAGGGGGGAGAAGAGGGAGAAGAGAAGGAGGAAGAGGCACCAGAGGAAGGACUGCUGCAAAUGAAGCUGCCUGAGUCAGUCAAACUGCAGAUGUGCAUCCUGCUGCAGUAUUUCUGCGACUGUGAGCUGAGACACCGUGUGGAAGCCAUUGUCGCUUUCUCCGAUAGGUUUGUGCAGCACAUCCAGACUAAUCAACGCGAACGCUACAGUCAGCUCAUGAGAGCUUUCACCAUGACCGCCGCUGAGACGGCCCGAAGGACCCGAGAGUUCCGGUCUCCUCCGCAAGAGCAGGUUAUCUUGCUGACUAAUUUUAAGCAUAGUCCUGACGACGAGGAGUGUCCAGUGCCCGAGGACCUCCGGGAACAUCUCCAGAAGUUCCACAGUGACCUCCUGAAUCACUGUGGUGUACACCUGGAGGAGGAAGAGGAGGAGGAAGAGGUGGAUAUUUCACUGAAAGGAAGACUGCUCAAGUUGGUGGAAAGAGUGAAGAAUUUGCGUAAACAGCAAGAAGAGGAAGAGUCUGAACCUGAAGAAGAACCGAAACCCAGCACUCUGCAGGAGCUGAUCUCUCACACGGUGAUCCACUGGGCACAGGAGUCAUUCAUCCAAAACCCAGAGCUCGUGCGAAUGAUGUUCAGCUUGCUUCACCGGCAGUAUGAUUCUCUGGGCGAGUUGAUUCGAGCUCUGCCCAAAGCUUACGCCAUCAACGCCGUGUCCGUACAGGACACCAUGGACCUGCUAGAGUGCCUGGGUCAGAUCCGCUCCCUGCUCAUCGUCCAGAUGGGUCCUGAAGAGGAGACUCUCAUGAUUCAGAGCAUCGGUAACAUCAUGAACAAUAAGGUGUUCUACCAGCAUCCUAACCUAAUGAGGGCUCUUGGCAUGCAUGAGACCGUUAUGGAGGUCAUGGUCAAUGUGCUUGGAGGUGGAGGAGACUCAAAGGAGAUUCGAUUCCCCCAAAUGGUGACGAACUGCUGCCGUUUCCUGUGCUAUUUCUGCCGCAUCAGUCGUCAGAACCAGCGCUCCAUGUUCGAUCAUCUGUCCUACCUGCUUCAGAACAGCGGCAUUGGCCUGGGAAUGCGUGGAUCUACACCUCUGGAUGUAGCUGCAGCUUCCUGUAUUGACAACAACGAGCUGGCUUUAGCACUGCAGGAGCAAGACCUGGAGAUGGUGGUGACAUAUCUGGCUGGAUGUGGCCUGCAGAUGUGCCCCAUGCUUUUGUCUAAAGGUUACCCAGACAUCAGCUGGAACCCCAGUGGCGGAGAGCGCUACCUGGAUUUCCUCCGCUUCGCUGUGUUUGUUAAUGGUGAGAGCGUUGAGGAGAACGCUAAUGUGGUUGUACGUCUGCUCAUCCGCCGUCCUGAGUGCUUUGGCCCCGCCCUGAGAGGAGAGGGAGGAGCUGGACUGCUGGCUGCGAUGGAGGACGCCAUUAAGAUCUCUGAGGAUCCAGCCAGGGAUGGUCCAACUCCGAAAAAAGACAGACGCUUCAUGUUUGGUGGAGAGCAACUGGAGGAGAACAGGGUGCAUCUUGGGAAUGCUAUCAUGUCAUUCUACUCGGCACUUAUUGACUUGCUGGGUCGCUGUGCCCCUGAGAUGCAUUUGAUCCAGGCUGGCAAGGGUGAGGCUCUGAGAAUCAGAGCUAUCUUGAGGUCUUUGGUUCCUAUUGAAGACUUGGUAGGAGUCAUCAGUCUUCCUGUGCAGAUCCCAAGCUAUGGAAAAGAUGGUCAGAUCGUCGAACCCAAGAUGUCUGCCAGUUUUGUCCCAGACCACAAGGCCUCCAUGGUGUUGUUCCUAGACAGAGUUUACGGCAUCGAUAACCAAGACUUCCUGUUGCACGUGCUGGAAGUUGGCUUCCUCCCGGAUAUGAGGGCCGCAGCAUCUCUGGACACGGUGGCAUUCAGUACCACAGAGAUGGCCUUGGCCCUUAAUCGUUAUCUGUGCUCCGCCGUACUGCCGCUUCUGACCAAGUGCGCUCCUCUGUUUGCGGGUACUGACCACCGUGCCAUCAUGAUUGACUCCAUGCUGCACACCGUCUACAGACUGUCCCGUGGCCGUGCGCUCACCAAAGCUCAGCGUGAUGUCAUCGAGGACUGCCUCAUGUCCUUGGUCAAGUACCUGCACCCAUCAAUGCUGCAGCAUCUGUUGCGUAGACUCGUAUUCGAUGUGCCGAUUCUCAACGAAUACGCCAAGAUGCCUCUGAAGCUGCUGACUAAUCACUAUGAGCGUUGCUGGAAGUACUACUGCCUACCCAACGGCUGGGCAAAUUUUGGCACCACGUCAGAGGAGGAGCUGCAUCUCUCACGGAAACUGUUCUGGGGAAUCUUUGAGUCUCUAGCGCACAAGAAAUUCGAUGCAGAGUUGUUUAAGAUCGCUAUGACAUGCAUCUGCGCCAUCGCCGGUGCCAUUCCUCCUGACUAUGUAGACGCCAGCUAUUCUGCAACAGAGAAGAAAGCCACAGUUGAUGCUGAGGGCAACUUUGAUCCCAGACCUGUGGAGACUACCAACACCAUCAUCCCCGAGAAACUAGACGCCUUCAUCAACAAAUACGCAGAGCACACCCACGAUAGGUGGGCCUUCGAGAAGAUCCAGAAUAACUGGACCUAUGGAGAGACACUGGACGAGAUUGGGAAGACCCAUCCUAUGCUCCGGCCUUAUAAAACCUUCUCUGAAAAGGAUAAGGAGAUCUACCGCUGGCCCAUCAAAGAAUCCAUUAAAGCCAUGCUGGCCUGGGAGUGGACUUUAGAGAAAGCUCGGGAUGAGGGUGAAAAGAUUGAGAAAGCAGCCACGCGGAAGAUCUCGCAAACCGCUCAGGCUACUUAUGACCCUAGUCAGGGAUACUCGCCCCAGCCUGUGGAUUUAACCACCAUGGCUUUGUCCAGAGAGCUGCAGUCUAUGGCGGAACAACUGGCGGAAAAUUACCACAAUACCUGGGGCAGGAAGAAGAAGCUGGAGCUUCAAGCCAAAGGUGGUGGAACCCAUCCUCUGCUGGUCCCUUAUGACACUCUGACGGCCAAGGAGAAAGCCCGGGACAGGGAAAAAGCCCAAGACCUGCUGAAAUUCCUCCAGUUUGAAGGCUAUGCUGUUACUAGGGGCUUGAAGGACAUGGAGCAGGAGAUCUCCUCCAUCGAGAAACGUUUCGCUUACGGCUUCCUCCAGAAGCUUCUGAAGUGGAUGGAGAUCGCGCAGGAGUUCAUUGCACAUCUGGAGGCUGUUGUGAGUAGUGGACGAGUCGAGAAAUCCCCUCACGAGCAGGAGAUCAAAUUUUUUGCCAAGAUCCUGCUGCCACUGAUUAACCAGUACUUUAAAAACCACUGCCUCUACUUCCUUUCCACUCCCGCUAAAGUCCUGGGCAGCGGCGGUCACGCCUCCAACAAGGAAAAAGAAAUGAUUGCCAGUAUCUUCUGUAAGUUGGCUGCUCUAGUGAGGCACAGAGUUUCCCUCUUUGGAACUGAUGCUUCAGCAGUGGUAAACUGCUUACACAUCCUGUCUCGCUCCCUGGAUGCCAGGACUGUGAUGAAAUCCGGACCAGAGAUCGUCAAAGCAGGCCUCCGUUCGUUCUUUGAGAGCGCUGCUGAUGACAUCGAGAAGAUGGUUGAGAAUCUUAAACUGGGCAAGGUGUCCACCAAAAACCAGGUUAAAGGUGUGUCCCAAAAUAUUAACUACACCACCGUCGCUCUGCUGCCGGUGCUCACGUCACUCUUCGACCACAUCGCUCAGCACCAGUUUGGCGAUGAUGUCAUCUUGGACGACUUGCAGAUAUCCUGCUAUCGGCUUAUGUGCAGCAUCUACUCUGUGGGUACAGUAAAGACCCCCCAUGCUGAAAAGCUGAGGCCUGCUCUUGGGGAGUGUCUGGCUCACUUGGCUGCUGCUAUGCCUGUGGCUUUUCUGGAGCCUCAGCUCAAUGAGUUCAACACAUACUCAGUCUACACAACCAAGACUCCAAGAGAGAGAGCGAUCCUUGGACUCCCGAGUCAGGUGGAGGAGUUGUGCUUGGACAUCCCAGAGCUGGACGUGCUCAUGAAAGAGAUCGGUGACCUGGCAGAGUCUGGAGCUCGUUACACUGAGAUGCCGCAUGUGAUCGAGAUCACUCUGCCCAUGCUGUGUAACUACCUCCUGCGCUGGUGGGAACGAGGGCCUGAGAACUUCCCUGAGCUGGAGGGCCAAAUCUGUACUGAGGUCACUUCUGAACACCUCAACCAACUGCUGGGCAGCAUCAUGAAGAUCGUUGUCAACAACCUGGGUAUCGAUGAGGCCUCCUGGAUGAAGAGACUCGCUGUUUUCGCCCAGCCCAUCGUUAGCAGAGCCAAGCCAGAGAUGCUGAAGUCUCACUUCAUCCCCACUAUGGAGAAGCUGAAGAAGCGCUCAGGGAAGGUCGUAGCUGAGGAAGAGCAGCUGCGAAUGGAGGGCAAGACGGAGGUGAACAGCGAGGAAGGAACGAUCCGGGAUGAGUUCGCUGUGCUCUGCAGGGAUCUGUACGCCCUUUAUCCGCUGCUCAUCCGCUACGUGGACAACAACAGAGCGAGAUGGCUAACCUGCCCUGAUCCUGAUGCUGAAGACCUGUUCAGGAUGGUGGGAGAAGUUUUCAUCUUCUGGUCGAAAUCUCACAACUUCAAGCGUGAGGAGCAGAACUUUGUGGUGAUGAACGAGAUUAAUAACAUGUCUUUCCUCACCGCUGACAGCAAGAGCAAGAUGAGCAAGGCUGGGGAUGGAGAGGGUGGUGGCGCUGAUGCGGAGCGUACAAAGAAGAAGCGUCGUGGUGAUCGCUACUCGGUGCAAACCUCUCUGAUUGUAGCCGCUCUGAAGAAACUCCUGCCCAUCGGGCUGAACAUGUGUUCUCCUGCAGAUCAAGAGCUCAUCAACUUGGCAAAGAUCCGUUAUUCUCUGAAAGACACAGAUGAGGAAGUGAGAGAGUUCCUGCAGAAUAACCUUCAUCUACAAGGCAAGGUGGAGGACCCCUCCAUGCGCUGGCAGAUGGCUCUGUAUAAAGAAACCUCAGGAAAGGCAGAAGAUGCUGAAAAUCCUGAGAAAGUUGUGAAGAGAGUCCAGGAAGUUUCUGCUGUGCUGUACCACAUCGAAGUGACUGAACACCCUUUCAAAUCCAAGAAGAUGGUUUGGCACAAGCUGUUGUCUAAGCAGCGGCGCCGGGCCGUGGUGGCGUGUUUCAGAAUGACUCCAUUGUAUAACAUCCCAAGGCACCGGGGGUCCAACAUGUUCCUGGACGGUUACAAACGCAACUGGUUGGAGAAUGAGGGCUACUCCUUUGAGGAUAAGAUGAUCGAUGAUCUGUCUAAAACGUUAGAGGAAGAGGAGGAGGAAGAAGAAGAGACUGAGGCCAAGCCGGAUCCUCUGCACCAGCUCAUUCUCCAUUUCAGCCGCACAGCUCUCACCGAGAAAACAAAACUUGAUGUAGAUCACCUGUACAUGGCGUAUGCUGAUAUUAUGGCAAAGAGCUGCCACAUUGGUGAGGAGGCCAAAGGGGGAGAGGAGGAGGAGGAGGAGGGGGGCGAGGAGCCAUCGUUUGAGGUGCGGCAGAAUGAGAUGGAGAAGGAGAUGGAGAAGCAGAGGCUCUUGUACCAGCAGUCACGACUCCAUGAUCGUGGGGCAGCUGAGAUGGUACUGCAGAUGAUAAGUGCAUGCAAAGGUGAACCAGGAGCCAUGGUGUCUUCCACUCUCAAGCUGGGCAUCUCCAUCCUAAACGGAGGCAACUGCGACGUUCAGCAGAGGAUGCUGGAUUACCUGAAGGAUAAGAAAGAUGUUGGUUUCUUCCUGAGCUUGCAGGCUCUGAUGCAGACCUGCAGUGUUCUGGACUUGAAUGCAUUUGAGAGGCAGAAUAAAGCGGAAGGGCUUGGAAUGGUUUCAGAGGAGGGCACAAACGAGAAAGUGAUGGCGGAUGAUGAGUUCACGUGCGACCUCUUCCGUUUCCUGCAGCUGCUUUGCGAGGGCCACAAUAACGGCAAGUUAAAAAAUGAAAGCAGCUUUAAUACAGGGGUAAUAAACAUAAAUAAAACAAUGGUGUGUAAUUUAUUAUGUGUCAUUGUUCUAACCUCAGAUUUCCAGAACUACCUGCGCACUCAGACUGGCAGCACCACCACCAUCAACAUUAUCAUCUGUACUGUGGACUAUCUGCUGAGACUGCAGGAAUCUAUCAGCGACUUCUACUGGUACUAUUCUGGAAAAGACAUCAUCGACGAACCAGGCAAGAGGAACUUCUCCAAAGCGAUGACAGUGGCCAAGCAGGUCUUCAACAGUCUCACAGAAUACAUACAGGGCCCCUGCACCGGGAACCAGCAGUCUCUGGCUCAUAGCAGACUGUGGGAUGCUGUGGUGGGAUUCCUCCAUGUGUUUGCACACAUGAUGAUGAAACUGGCACAGGAUUCCAGUCAGAUCGGGCUUCUGAAAGAACUUCUAGACCUUCAGAAAGACAUGGUGGUUAUGCUGCUUUCUCUUCUGGAGGGUAACGUUGUGAAUGGCACCAUUGCUCGCCAGAUGGUGGACAUGCUGGUGGAGUCAUCUAGCAACGUCGAGAUGAUCCUCAAGUUCUUUGACAUGUUCCUUAAGCUGAAAGACAUCGUAGCGUCGGACGCAUUCCGGAAUUACGUCACUGACCCACGUGGCCUGAUCUCGAAGAAGGACUUUUCCAAAGCCAUGGACAGCCAAAAGCAGUACUCGGCAUCUGAGAUCCAGUUCCUUCUGUCCUGCUCCGAGGCUGAUGAGAACGAGAUGAUCAACUUUGAAGAGUUUGCGGAUCGUUUCCAGGAGCCAGCCAAGGACAUCGGAUUUAACAUCGCUGUGCUGCUCACCAACCUUUCAGAGCACGUGCCCCAUGACACACGCUUGCAGAACUUCUUGGAGCAAGCUGAAAGCGUCCUGAACUAUUUCCGUCCCUUCCUGGGUCGCAUCGAAAUCAUGGGUGCCAGUCGGAGGAUCGAGCGUAUCUACUUUGAGAUCAGCGAGGCCAACAGGAACCAGUGGGAAAUGCCUCAGGUCAGAGAAUCUAAGAGGCAGUUCAUAUUCGACGUGGUCAAUGAAGGUGGUGAGUCUGAGAAGAUGGAGAUGUUUGUCAACUUUUGCGAGGACACCAUCUUUGAGAUGAACAUUGCCUCGCAGAUCUCGGAGCAAGAAGAAGAAGGAAUCGGAGAUGAGGAUGGAGAAGAGGAGGAAAGCAGUGGAGGAGCAAAUGGAGAUGGAGGAGAAGGAGAGGAAGGGAAUGGAGACGAGGCCCCAGCUGAGUCCAGUUCGGCAUUCGCAGACUUCAUCAAGAGCGCGGUGAACUUCUUUAACAUGUUCACCUUCCGCAACCUCCGCCGACGCUACCGCAGACUUCGGAAGAUGACUAUAAAGGAAAUGAUUGUAGGCCUGGCCACCUUCUUUUAUACCAUCAUCCUGGGAAUCCUUCACUUCAUCUACAGCGUAUGCAAAGGCUUUUUCUUACUGAUCUGGAAAACGCUGUUUGGAGGCGGCCUUGUGGAAGGAGCUAAAAAGAUAACGUUGACAGAAAUCCUUACUAACAUGCCAGAUCCGACUCAGGAUGAGGUGCACGGUGAACACGCAGCCGAGCCUAGAGCCGGAAAAGACCAGGAAGCAGGUGGAACAGGAGAUGGAGAGGAAGCAGGCGGUGGAGAGGUAGAAGAUGAGGAUGGACAAGAGGCAGAAGGAGGAGGUAGACCUGGAUUUGAUACCCCUGGAGGUCUAGGAGAUAUGGGAGAAACAGAACCUGAGGAACCACCAACACCUGAGGGUUCUCCACUGCUGAAAAGGAAACUACUGGGUGAAGGAGCAGAGGGAGAGGAAGUGCAAGCAGAAGAGCCACCGAAGGAAGAACCAGCCCCAGAACCAGAGAAGGCCGAUGCUGAAAACGGAGAGAAAGCCGAGAAAGAAGCCGAGGCCACGCCAGAGGAGAAGGUGGAGGAGAAGGAGGAAGAGGAGAUAAAAGUCAAAGCCAAAGCCAAGAAAGAAAAACAAUCUGCCGGAGAUGGAUUUGAGCUCUGGAACGAACUGGAGGUGCAGAGGAUCAAGUUCAUGAACUACCUGUCUCGCAACUUCUACAACCUCCGCUUCCUGGCUCUGUUCAUCGCCUUUGCUCUGAACUUCAUCCUGCUCUUUUACAAAGUGUCCAGCAGCCCCCCAGGUGAGGAGUUUGAAGGCUCGGGCAUGUUUGAAGGUUCUGCUAUGGCUGAAGGCUCUGGUGGUGAACCUGAAGGUUCUGGAAUGGAAGAGAAUGGAAACGGAGAGGAAGAUGAUGAAGAAGGACCUCUUUAUUACUUCCUGGAAGAGAGCACCGGUUACAUGGAGCCUGCGCUGGCCUUCCUGGGCAUUUUACACACCAUCAUAUCUUUCCUUUGCAUUAUUGGUUACAACUGUCUUAAGGUUCCCCUGGUUAUUUUCAAAAGGGAGAAGGAGCUGGCCCGUAAGCUGGAAUUUGAUGGCCUCUAUGUGACUGAACAGCCAGAAGAUGAUGAUAUCAAGGGCCAGUGGGACAGACUGGUGCUAAAUACACCAACCUUCCCAAACAACUACUGGGACAAGUUUGUGAAGAGAAAGGUGUUGGAGAAGUAUGGAGAUAUCUAUGGCAGAGAGAGGAUUGCUGAGCUGCUGGGAAUGGACUUGGCAUCGCUGGAUGUCAGUGCAAUGACGCAUGAGAAAAAGCCUAAACCUGACAACUCCAUGUUUAACUGGUUGACUUCCAUCGACAUCAAGUACCAGAUCUGGAAGUUUGGAGUCGUGUUCACAGAUAAUACUUUCCUCUACCUGGUGUGGUACUUGGUCAUGUCCUUGCUCGGUCACUACAACAACUUCUUCUUCGCUUGUCACCUGCUGGACAUCGCCAUGGGUGUCAAAACGCUGCGCACCAUCCUGUCCUCCGUCACACACAACGGCAAGCAGCUGGUGAUGACGGUGGGCUUGCUAGCCGUAGUCGUCUACCUGUACACCGUCGUGGCUUUCAACUUCUUCCGCAAGUUCUACAACAUGAGCGAGGACGAGGACGAGCCAGAUAUGAAGUGCGAUGACAUGAUGACUUGCUACCUGUUCCACAUGUACGUGGGCGUGAGAGCCGGUGGUGGUAUCGGUGACGAGAUUGAGGAUCCGGCUGGAGAUGAAUAUGAGCUGUACCGUGUGGUCUUUGACAUCACUUUCUUCUUUUUCGUCAUCGUCAUUCUGUUGGCCAUCAUUCAGGGUCUGAUCAUUGACGCCUUCGGUGAGCUGAGAGAUCAGCAGGAGCAGGUCAGAGAGGACAUGGAGACCAAGUGCUUCAUUUGCGGAAUUGGAAGUGACUACUUCGACACGACUCCGCAUGGGUUCGAGACGCAUACGAUGGAAGAGCACAACUUAGCCAACUACAUGUUCUUCCUGAUGUACCUAAUUAAUAAAGACGAAACAGAACAUACUGGGCAGGAAUCCUAUGUGUGGAAAAUGUACCAGGAGCGCUGCUGGGAUUUCUUCCCAGCCGGUGACUGUUUCAGAAAGCAAUACGAGGAUCAGCUCGGCUAGUCGUGUGUGUGUGUGUGUGUGAGUGUGUGUGUGUGUGUGUGUGUGUGUGCGUUUGGAAAACACAGACGGAGAGGAAAUGUAAUUGUUCCAGUUUUGAGAUUUUGAGAACAAACCCGAGCACACAUUUACACCCUAAGCCUUUUGUUUACUUACGUUGUUGUCGGAGGAAGAGGAAGAAAGAUGAAUAUGCAACGUGUGUGUGUAUUAAUGUUAGUGUUUGUGAGAGAGAGAGAGAGAGAGAGAGAGAGAGAGAGAGACGGCAAUAAACCUAGAGAAGAAAUAUGAAGUCAAAUUUUAAUGGUUAUAUCAGACCAAAAAAGAUGAAGAAAGCUGGAGCCUGCCAUCUCUCAGUCUUGUCUGUAUGUUCUUAUGGGUCUUAAAACAUUACAGUGCCUAAUACUGAAUGAACUACAAUAAUGGCAGGUAUGGAGACACUGCUUUAUAGGAUGUCAGUAUUAUUAUUUUUUGCAUAGUUUGAUUAGAUUUCAGACUGGAUUUUAGUGUAUUAUAUGAUGUUUUUGUCUGUUAUGUUAUAACUGUAUGUUAUAGCCGGGGUUUUAUGUGUAUUUACACACGUACAUGCUAGAGCAACAGAAUCAGAGCCAUAUCACUGCUAAAGUCACGCUCUACGCAGUACAAAACCUUACCAUGUGAUCCUUCGAGAGGAACCUAACCAAAGGCCUUUUCUCACGAUUUAUUUCUUGAGACAAUUUUAUAUAACCUACACAAGCCGACCUAAACUUUAUAUCAUGUUCAAGCGAACCGUUCUGUACAAUACAAUCUUUACAGGAGAGGAGAAACCGUUUCUUUAUAAACCAGACGACGAACACUACCUUGAGAAAGAAAUUAUCGCCUGAUUUCUAUUCGGAUGUAUAGAGUACAACCGCCGUUUCCCAUCCCGUCACGUACGUCUUUAACGAGAAGAACUUUACAUACUGUAGAUUUAAUUAACUUAUUUUAACAAAAAUAUAUAGAUGUAUAAAUAUAUAUAUAUAUAUAUAUAUAUAUAUAUUUUUUGUCGGAGCAUUGGAAUAUAACGGAUGUUCUCCAACUCUGUUUUAAGUAAAUAUGUAUUGAGUACUUUUUUGAGGGGUACUGCUAAUAAAGCUAGUGAUGGAGAAAUAAAAAAAAAGGAUAAAAUGUGCAUCUAGUUUGCAAACAGAUGUGAUUUGUGAUUUUGCCAGCAGACUUCUGGUAUUACUUUUAAGUCAAUAUCGUACUUUUUCCACAAAUUAGAUCUAUAUUAUUUGUGUUCCAGUUGUAAAACACAGAGCCACACACACACACACACACACACUUACUUUCCAUGUCUGCGGGAGGGAAGUGUGAGAGAGAGAGAGAGAGUGUGUGUCUGGUGUGUGAAGGAUAGAGGUUUUUUUUUUUUUUUUUGCUUUUCUUUAAAUCUCACUGUGUUUCAAUAAAAAUAAUAUUUUAGAAGCA